GCAAGUGAGAAGUUUAGGAUUUUCCACGUGAUUUUCAGCAGCUAGCUAACGUUUGCUGCAUGGAUAUACACAUCUGAUGUGGACAAUCUAGCUACCAUUCCAUCGCCGAUUGACUGGUUAACCAUCAACAUGGCAAAGCAUAAAACAUCUGCAAAAACUCUUAUUAUUGAAGAUGAUGAAGUCCGAGAAGAUGGUGAUGAUAUGAAUCCCUUUUCCUUCAAAGAGUUCAUCCGCAGUAAAAACCAAGGGGAUCCAGAUGAGAAGAAGUACCCAACGCGAAAGGAGGCAUAUGGGCGCCCAUUCCUGGCAGAGGGGGAAUAUACUAUCCCGGGCCCUAAGAGCUUCGAUCAAGACUUCCAGGGUCACUUUUACAUAGACCCCGCACCGUUUCCUCAGUCUCUGGACAAUGAGACAAAGGAGUGGGCUGGGAGUUACCAGCCAUCAGCCAUUGAGGAGGCGCAUGAAUUUAGACUGUGUGGCACUGCAGCAGCAGACAGCAGCACAUACUCGGGUCAGUCUUCCCUGUGCACAGAGGAAGAAGAGGAUACUUCCUUAUCUGUAUGGCAGGUGGUUGAAGAAUUCUCACCAAAGACCCCCCAGUACAGGAGGGCACCAGUGAACUAUGAGGGAGAUGACGAGACAUCCAUGGCAGAGCUCUUCUACAAGACCAAGAAGAGUAGUACAGAGAAUGGCCAUAGGGAUCAACAAAAGCUGAGGGAGGAAAAUACGCAGCUCAGGAAUAACAUUAAAUAUCUUGUGAAAAAGUCUGACAAGGAUGAUCAAAGAAUUCGACACCUCACAGAUGAGUUGCAGAAGAGAAGAGUGCAGGAGGAGAGGGAGGCUCAGGCUUUAGAGACCAUGGUCCACUCCGUAGAGCAGAACCUGCAGUUAAUGACCAAACGAGCAGUGAAGGGUGAAAACAUUGUGUCAAAACUCAAACAGGAGCUUCAUCAAUUACAGGGCCAAGUAGAGGGGUGCCGAUAUGAGAAUGAGAGACUUCGAGCUAGAGAGACAGCUGCCUUAAAUACAAUGAAACACAAUGCGCAAGUGGCCUCGGAGUACCUUAACAAAGCAGCACUCAAUGCUGAGACUUCCAUCAAGCAAUUACUUACAGGAGCAGAAACUCUUUGUCUAGUAUCUCAACUGCUGCAGUCCAUUGACAACAUAUCUGAGAUUCACAAUGAAGGCUGAUGGAGUUUAAGGAGGCUAUAGAAUUCAGAUCUAGAACCAUCCAUCAAGAAACUGGAAAACAAUUAUGGCGUGUCAUUGUCACUCAACACUCACAGAGAAUCUAAAGUUGUAGCACUGAUUUGUGACAAAAUAAGAAAUAUUGCUUUUUUUACUUGUACUUCAUAAAAUGUUUAGUUUUGAACCACUUUAACAGGCCAUUUGAAAACAAUAUGCUAGCAGCUGUAUUUAAAGCUGAGGCAAAUAUGACUCAGAUUUCAAUUAAUAAAUGUGACUCAAAGUUG